CUCCGAAUGUUAAAACCCUAGAUCAAGAAUAAAAGAUUUCGUCUUCCGCUUCACAGAAGAGUUGAGCGAGGGUUUCACAGUCCGGGCUAUCAGGAUCACAGGAGCGUCCGAGAAGAUCAAGUUCUGUCGAGCUCUGUUUAGAGCAGAGCUUCAGGGGGAAAGGAAAAUCAAAGAUGGAGACACCAGCAGCUCAGAGAGUGUUGUCAACAAAGGAGGCCGACAUUCGAAUGAUGUUGGCAGCUGAUGUCCAUCUCGGCACCAAAAACUGUGAUUUUCAGAUGGAGCGUUAUGUCUUCAAACGCCGGAAAGACGGAAUUCACAUAAUUAACAUCUCGAAGACCUGGGAAAAACUUUAUCUUGCGGCUAGGGUCAUUGUUGCUGUUCAGAAUCCUAAGGACAUUAUUGUCCAAUCUGCAAGGUCUUAUGGUCAGAGAGCUGUUUUGAAGUUUGCUCAAUAUACUGGAGCUCAAGCAAUUGCUGGGCGUCACACUCCAGGGACAUUUACCAAUCAAAUGCAAACUUCCUACAGUGAGCCUCGACUUCUAAUCCUCACUGAUCCCAGAACUGACCAUCAGGUUAACUCGAAGCCACUUGAUUAUCAUUUUAUUCUAUCUAAAAUAAUCCUUCGUAAAGCCAUACAUGUAGUUAUAUAGUUGUCUUUAAAGUACCCCUAAACAUCUAAACUUAUUUAUGCUAAUGCAUUCAAUCCUUUAUAUUACCAAAAUGAAAACAGCCAAUCAAGGAAGCCGCUCUUGGGAAUAUCCCCACAAUUGCUUUCUGUGACACUGAUUCUCCAAUGCGCUAUGUUGAUAUUGGUAUCCCAGCAAACAACAAGGGGAAGCACAGCAUCGGAGUUCUGUUCUGGAUCUUGGCUAGGAUGGUUCUGCAGAUGCGCGGCAGUGUUGCGCCUGGUCACAAAUGGGAAGUGAUGGUCGAUCUUUUCUUCUACAGGGAUGAAAAAGAGAACAAGGAAAAAGAGGAGGAAGAUGCCCCCGCUGCUCAAGAAUACAAUGACUAUGGUACUGCUCCUUAUGGUAGUGACUGGUCAACUGGCCAAAUCGCGGAUUCCCAAUGGACUAAUGAGCAACCCAGUUUAGCUCCUGCUGGGGACUGGGCAUCAGCACCUGAUGGAUGGGGCGAAGCUGCUGCCCCAGCCCCAGCCGCCGUGCCUCAUGGCGGAGUUGUGGUUGCCGCCGAAAGUGCUUGGCCGCAGUAAUCUCUCGUCUCUUCAAAAGCUUGCAAUAGUUAUUCAACAAUCUUAGUAGAGAGAGAGCAUUGAUUGUUCUUGCAAGGAAUUUUUGAAUGGUCUUUUAUCUUCCGCUCGUCCGUUUUUGGAUUUCUGUGUUAUGACUGGUUGCGUUUUGUGAGCCUUCAUCAACAAUUUGUUUUUUUACCUACUGUUUGACUGAUCAUUGGCGUGUGCACUAAGUAAUUUUCUUCUCUCAGAACUAAAUUUAACUUCAAAAG